AUGGCAGCUCGCGUUCCCAUUACCCAGGCCUCGGCCAUGUUUGCCCGUCGCCAGCCUCGGGUCCUUCACAUUUUCAAGCGCAUGCAAUCUUCUUCAGCUCCUUCAACUCAGAACCCCGCCUACCCUCUUUACCCCUCAGUCAGCCAGCUCCUGCACGAGAAGAACAUUCCCGAGUCCGAAGUCUCCAAGAUCCCCGCCUCAGGUCCCAAGGGCCGCCUCCUGAAGGGUGAUGUCCUUGCCUACAUUGGCCAGAUCGCUACCGAGUACCCAGCUCAGCAAGCCGCUCAGCUCGCCAAGCUGACACACAUGGACCUGAGCAACAUCAAGAUCGCCGCCCCGGCCCCCAAGCCCGCACCAGUUGCGGAGCAAGCAAUCAAGGAGGAGGUCAAGCCCCUACCAAUGACUUCUGUCGCCAUCUCAGUUUCCUUGGCCGCUGUCCUCUCUGCCCAGAGAAAGCUACACAAGAUUGGUGUCACCGUCCCAGUAUCCCGAUUCCUGGCUUUGGCUACCGACCUUGCGAACGACGACCUGCCACGCUCGAAGACCCAGAAGCCCUCUGCCGAUGAGCUGUUUGACGAGAUUCUUGGCGGUGAGCCCGUCAACGUCUCCCGUGGCGAUUACAUUCCUGAAUUAAAUGUCUUUGACGCUGCCCAAGCGCCGAAGCGAAGCGUGUCUGUCACUGAGGAUAUCAUUGACUUCUUGAGCGCAAAGCCCGGCAAGCGAGCUGCGUCUGCUACCUCAAUUGUUGAUUUCGAGGGUAUUGAGGAAUCAGCUGGUGGUGCCUCGAAUAUCUUCAGCUUGACUGUUCCUGUUGGCGAGGAGGUGCGUGCGAAGGCAUUCCUUGAGCGCAUCAAGGACUUGCUUCAGAUCGAGCCCGUCCGUCUGGUCCUCUAA